AUGGACGUCGACGUGGACAUGGACAUGGACGUGGAUAUGGACAUGGACGUGGACGUGGACAUGGAAAUGGACGUGGACAUGGACGUGGACAUGGACGUAGACAUGGACGUGGACAUGGACGUGGACAUGGACGUGGACAUGGACGUGGACAUGGACGUGGACAUGGACGUGGACAUGGACGUGGACAUGAACGUGGACAUGGACGUGGACGUGGACGUGGACGUGGACGUGGACAUGGACGUGGACAUGGACGUGGACAUGGACGUGGACAUGGACGUGGACAUGGACGUGGACAUGGACGUUGACAUGGACGUUGACAUGGACAUGGACGUGGACGUGGACGUGGACAUGGACGUGGACAUGGAUGUGGACAUGGACUUGGACAUGGACGUGGACGUGGACGUGGACAUAGAUGUGGUCGUGGUCGUGGACGUGGACAUGGUCGUGGACGUGGACAUGGACGUGGACAUGGUCGUGGAUGUGGACAUGGACGUGGACAUGGUCGUGGACAUAGACGUGGGCGUGGACGUGAACGUGGACAUGAACGUGGACAUGGACGUGGACAUGGACGUGGACGUGGACGUGGACGUGGACAUGGACGUGGACGUGGACGUGGACAUGGACAUGGACGUGGACAUAGACGUGGACAUGGACGUGGACAUGGACAUGGAUAUGGGCGUGGACGUGGACGUGGACGUGGACAUGGACGUGGACGUGGACAUGGACGUGGACAUGGACGUGGACGUGGACAUGGACGUGGACGUGGACGUGGACAUGGACGUGGACGUGGACAUGGACGUGGACAUGGACGUGGACAUGGACGUAGACAUGGAUAUGGAUGUGGACAUGGACGUGGACAUGGACGUGGACAUGGACGUGGACAUGGACAUGGACGUGGACAUGGACAUGGACGUGGACGUGGACGUGGACAUAGAGGUGGUCGUGGUCGUGGAUGUGGACAUGGUCGUGGACGUGGACAUGGAUGUGGACAUGGUCGUGGACAUGGACGUGGACGUGGACGUGAACGUGGACAUGGACGUGGACAUGGACGUGGACAUGGACGUAGACGUGGACACGGACGUGGACAUGGACGUGGACGUGGACGUGGACGUGGACAUGGACGUGGACAUGGACGUAGACAUGGACGUGGACAUGGACGUGGACAUGGAUGGGGACAUAGACGUGGACAUGGACGUGGACAUGGACGUUGACAUGGACGUGGACGUGGACGUGGACAGGGCGUGGACAUGGACACGUGGACAUGGACGUGGACAUGGACGUGGACAUGGACAUGGACAUUGA